CACGGCCAGACCAAGAAUUCCCAUCGCUUCCAGGGGGCUGGGGGUGCUCCUGACGUCCGCGCCGGACUCAGUAGGGAGCGAGGUUGGAACGACGUUGAGCGCUGUAGCAGGGUCUGAGCUCGGGACGGUGCACCUUUCCCAACCCCUCAGCAGGAAAGCGUGAGACCACCGGGCGAGAUGGCGGAUGACACCGACGGCCCCUCCUCCUCCUCCUCGUACUCCUGCCCGCCUCAGUUCGGCGUUCGUUCCUACCUGCACCGCUUCUACGAAGACUGUGCCGGGUACGGACCACCCGACCCUUCCAACCCUCACGACAACCCCUACAUCUCCGAUGACUUUCGCUACCUCAUCAACCCCAAGCCGAAGCGUUCAACCUACAUCUUCUGCAAGCUGGCGAUGGUUUGCGGGCUCAGCCUCCUCGCGUUCGGCGUCGUCGCCAUCUUAAUCGGCUACCUGAUCCCCCAACGUCGAGAGAUUGUUGGCUACCUCGGCGGCGUGCCGGUCGUGGAUUCAAGCGCGUCAGAUCUAAACGACAAACUGGAUGCUUGUAAACUGACGGGCCUGAUUCUACUGUGCUUGGGCGGUGUGACGGUCGCCAUCUCCCUGCUCGUGCCCAGCUUCCUGCUUGGGUACAUGCAGAAGGAGAUGCUGCUGCAGGAGGAUUUUAAGGACCGCAUAGCCGGCGAUCCUCUGCUGGUGGGCCCGGGAGGGUACGGCACUGUGGGGACGACUCUGCCCGUGUCCGGCCCGGGGUCGGGCAUCCCUGUCACCGAGCAGGUGAAGAGCGUCCAGCCGGGGGCACAAGACCCGAAGCCCUGCCCGCCAAAGGAAGACGACAACCUCCUGGAAAACUAGUAUCAUUCAUUAUCUUCGGGAAACAUUCCAUCAUUCAGCGCAACAAAUGCUGCAGAAAUAAAGUCCACAUUACUCGGAUUAUAUGUAUAUACGGAAUAAAGAAUAGUUUAUGGAUCGUGGUUGCCUUAGUUCAAGUGUGAGAUAUUGUAAUUGUAAUUGAAUGUAUUUUCGUGUGGUAAAUCACAUAGUCCAGAGACAAGCCUUCUAUUUUUGGCUGAUUAUUAUCUCUUGUCAUAGUAUGCAACGUGAUGAUGAUUUGGGACCAAGA